AUGGCUCCUGUUACAAAACAAUAUGACUAUAUAGUAAUUGGUGGCGGCUCUGGUGGCUCCGGCGCAGCCAGAAGAGCUAGUGGAUGGUACGGUGCAAAGACAGCCAUCAUUGACGCAGGAAUAUCCGGAGGAACAUGUGUGAACGUCGGAUGUGUGCCCAAGAAAAUGACCUGGAACUAUGCCUCCAUCAACGAAACUCUCGAGGCGGGGAAACAUUACGGCUAUAAGUACGGAGAGGUAUCGCACGACUUUCAAUCCUUUGUGAAGAAGAGACACGCCAGAAUAAAGGUCCUCAAUGGCGCAUAUGAGAGCAAUUGGGCAAAAGAGGGAAUAGAGUUGAUCCACGGAACUGCCACCUUCAUCUCUAAGAACGAGCUGGAAGUCAAGCCUAAAGAUGGUAGCGAAGCUUACAGGGUCACCGCUCCACACAUCGCCAUUACCACUGGGAGUUUCCCGAUUAAGCCAGAGAACAUCAAGGGCUCCGAAUAUGGCAUCACCUCAGAUGAGUACUUCCUGAUCGAGCAUCUACCCAAGAAGAUGGUCUUCGUCGGAGCAGGCUAUAUUGCGGUCGAACUUGCUGGAGUGAUGAACGCGAUCGGUGUCGAGACACAUCUGUUCAUCCGCGGCAAUACCUUCUUGAGAAAAUUCGACCCCAUGAUUCAAGAGACCAUGACCAAGCAUUACGAGGAGGCCGGUGUGAUCGUGCACAGAAACCACCCGGGAAUCAAAGAGGUGGUCCAGCUGCAAGCCGCCGCCGAUGAGACCGAUCCGAGAGAGAAACAACUCAAAAUCAUCUCCAAUGAUGGUUCGGAACUCAUCACCAACGAGCUUCUGUGGGCAAUUGGACGGAGCCCAGAGACAAGAGGCCUCGGACUGGAAAACCUCGAUAUCAAGCUUGGGCCCAAAGGUCACAUUGUGGUUGAUAAGUAUCAGAACUCAUCGUUGGACGGUAUCUACGCCUUGGGCGACGUCACUGGCCAGGCUGAACUCACACCCGUCGCCAUCGCCGCCGGACGUCAACUCGGCAACCGUCUUUUCGGACCUCCCGAACUCAAAGAAUCACAUCUCGACUAUGAGUUGAUCCCUUCGGUGGUCUUCUCCCAUCCCGAAGUUGGAACGACUGGCUUGACCGAGCCCCAAGCCAUCGAGAGGUACGGCAAGGAGAACAUCAAAGUCUACCACACCAAGUUCUCGGCUAUGUAUUAUGAUGUAUUCCCCAAGGAGGAAAAGGCCAAACAUCCAACAGAGUUCAAGCUCGUGACCGUCCUCCCCGACGAGAAAAUCGUCGGCCUCCACAUCCUGGGCGAGGGCUGUGGUGAAAUGACUCAAGGCUUCGGCGUCGCCGUCAAGAUGGGCGCGACAAAGAAAGACUUUGAUAGUACAGUCGCCAUUCAUCCGACAAGCGCAGAGGAAUUGGUUACCUUGAGAUAG